AAUUUUAUAGUCAUAAGAAAUGGUGAUAUACUGAUAUACCCCAACUCACCAAACCAAAGUAAAUCUUGACUGAAAGAGACUAUGAAAAAUUCGGAAAUCCUGACAGAGAAGAAAGAAAAUUAAUAAAGACUUGGAGCAGAGAGCCUUCGUCUUCCCAGCUGCGUCGCCAUUAAUGCCCUCGGCUCUCGUGCGCAACAGUUGACCCACCACCCAACCCGUCAACGAGGGCUGCGGGCUGCCGUCUCAGCUCAUCAGCCCCGAGUAUAAAUACUAAAGUAUAACAAUAUACGCGCUGCGUAGUAUAUAUAUAUAGGCUAUACAUACGGAUACCAAGUUUCGCUUCUGUGCUGUGAAGGGUGGAGCUGUAAUGGCUGAAGAAGUAUGUUUCUUCUCAAAGGACACUCUUAUCAUAAGACCUCCAAAGAAAUCUCCAGCUCUAUUAAGGAUGAUAGUUGUGGUAGUUGCUAUGGUCUGUGGUGUUUAUAUCUGCACAGAAUGUCUAAAACAGUCUAACACUGACAAAGAAAACAAAAUCUUGAACCUUGAAGUGAUUGAGAGGCCUUGUCAUGAGCUCGAAACAGACCGAUCCCAGAUUCCUUAUUUGCAUUAUCCAAAGCCGAAAACUUUUAGCAGGGCCGAAUGCGCUUGCAGCCCUGUUCGGUUCUUUGCAAUUCUGUCAAUGCAAAGGUCCGGGAGUGGAUGGUUCGAGACACUGUUGAAUAGUCAUUUGAGCGUAAGCUCAAAUGGCGAAAUAUUCUCGGUUAAGGAGAGGCGAGAUAAUAUUUCGUCUAUCGUGGAGACACUAGAUAGAGUUUACAAUAUGGAUUUGUUUACUAGUGCCUCGAAGAAUCACUGUUCAGCUGCGGUUGGCUUCAAAUGGAUGCUUAACCAGGGGCUGAUGGAGUAUCACGGAGAAAUCGCGGAAUACUUCAAUGAGAAAGGCGUUUCGGUGAUAUUUCUCUUCCGAAGAAACCUACUCCGCCGAAUGGUUUCGGUUCUAGCAAAUUCAUAUGACCGAUAUGCUAAACUCUUGAACGGGACACACAAGUCUCACGUACACUCAGCUGAAGAGGCUGGCACUCUCGCUAAAUACAAGCCCGCGAUCAAUACAACAUUGCUGGUGACGGAUUUAAAGCGAAUGGAUCUUGCAGCCGGGGAAGCACUGCAGCACUUCAACAACACACGCCAUCUCGUUCUGUACUACGAAGAUUUAGUUAGAAACCAAACUAAAAUGGUAGAUGUACUAAAAUUUCUGAGACUGCCUCCGAGGCAGCUGACUAGUCGCCAAAUUAAGAUCCACCGGGGAGCGUUGUGGCAGCAUGUCAAGAACUGGGACGACGUUAACAAGACGCUGAAGGGAACAGCGUUCGAAAGGUUCUUACAGGUUGACUAUUAAUUUGGUGUGGUCUUCAUUGAUGAUCCAAGAUGUGAAUACAGAAAGCUUUGAUUUUUUUUUUUUUUUUUCUUUCCUUUCUAAACCUGUCAGUUAGAUCCUUUGCCCUUUUAUUUGCCACAGAAAUCAUGUAUAGCGAAGUGAACUAACUAAUUUAGGCAACAUUAAGGAUAGUUCUUACAUUUCUGCAAGCAUCCUUUUUCUUUGUCCUU